AUGCUCAUGUUGCAAUAUCAUUUCGGCCCCGUCGCCUAUAUGGAUGCUAGUGAGCAAGUGUGGUGGAAAGAGGCUCGCAACGUCACCUACUCGUUUCUUUGUGCUUCACCGAACCGCUCAACUGCUUGCCAUAUGAGGAAUCGUUUGCUGAGACUGAGCACAUCACUGGCUGUGAUGCCCAUUCAGCGAUUUUGCUCACGAGAGGCAUCAGCGAGUCGUUUACGGUCGAUCUACGAGUUCGCGAAGAAAUCGCUGAGUAAUGUGGACGAAUUCUCGAGGGUCGAUCCUCGAGCCGUUUUCGUCAAUAAUGACUUGAAUUUGAAGAGGAUUGAGUGGUACGGCUUUGACUACGACUACACGUUGGCCGUUUACACCAGAGAUCUGAACGAGUUGAUUUACAAUUUGGCGAUCAAGAGAUUGAUAAAGGAUUUUCAUUAUCCAACGAUUCUCCAAACGAUUCCAUACGAUAAAGAAUUCGCGAUUCGAGGUCUUCACUAUGACAUUCAAAAUUGUGUUCUUCUAAAAGUCGACGCUUUCUCGCAAAUACAAAAAGGCACCGCCUAUCGUGGGAAACGAGCGCUAGAUGAUGCGGAGAUUUAUUCACUGUACGGUGGGAUCACUCUACCCGAUGAUAAGGGACGAGGGCUACCACAAUUGAUGGAUUUGUUUAGUUUACCCUUCUUCGGUCUCGUUUUGACAACCGUUCAAUACUUUGACGAUCACAAGAUUCACUUUGACCCAAACAGUCUCUACCAAGAUAUAGCGGAAUGCGUCAAACAGGUGCACGUCACCGGCGAAAUGUACAAGAGUGUGCUGAGCAAUAUGGAGAAAUACGUUCACAAGAAUCCGGGCCUCUCCGAGUACCUGCAACGGUUGCACAAAAGCGGCAAACAUCUAUUUAUGAUCACCAAUAGUCCAUUCACCUUUAUGAAUGCCGGGAUGACGUACAUGUUGGGACCGGAUUGGCGAGAGCUCUUCACUCAUGUCGUCGUGCAGGCUCGGAAACCCGAUUUCUUUCAGGGCAAAACCCCAUUUCGUCUUUUCAACGAGACAACCGGCAAUCUUCACUAUGAAAAAGUUCAAGAGCUGGAGCCCGGAAAAGUCUAUGCCGGGGGAAACAUUGGCGAAUUCGCUUCAAAAGCGAGUCUAACCGGCAAAGGAGUUUUGUAUUUCGGCGAUCACAUCUACACUGAUUUGGCCGAUCCAAUGUUGAGACUAGGCUGGCAUACGGCAGCAAUUGUGCCCGAGUUGGCCCGAGAGAUCCGUGCACAAAAUACCGAUGAGUACAGACGCUCAAUUCAAUGGCUUGAAACGUUGACAAAUCUCAUCGCGAACUUUCAAGUGGACGGUCGGAGAAAUGCCGAGUGCGGGCAGAUCAUCAAUGAAUGGGCCGAAGAGAGAAGGAAACUGCGAGAAAACGUGAAAGCGAUCUUCAAUCCACGAUUUGGUUCCAUGUUCCGAACUUAUCACAAUAUGACGUUUUUCUCGAGGAGAUUGAUGAGACUCUCCGAUUUCUACACUUCUCGAUUGCCGAAUUUGCUGAAAUAUGAUGUGGAUCACUCAUUUUUCCCACGAAGAAAUGCUCUCCCACACGAAAGCCUAAACGCCGUGCCAACCGUUUCCGAGAACAUGAUCGAUGAGAUCAAUCGGAAACACUCAAGUCAAGUUGGA